AUGUUUUCUCUCUUGACUCCUGUCAACUCCCCAACAAUGGCUUCUCUGGGAGGUUCUCUGCCUCUAUGGCGGAGUAUUGCGCCCCGCAUGGCCAAGGAUCUCUUCACAUGUCGCCAGUGCGUCCGUAAUCAAGGCUACGCAGCCAAAUCUAUUCGCCAAUUCAGUUCACCCCCGUCUCGCCAGCCCAGCAAGAUUCAAUCCAGCCUCUUGACUGAUAAGAACCGCAACUUCUUCACCUCCAGUAUCAAACGAUCGACUGCCGCACCAACCGUCGCCGAGGCAAUCGAAGAGGGUGCCGCAAAGAGCAAGUCCAGCUUCCCCAAGAUCAGCGAUAAGGCAGUCGCCUACUGGCUGCUCGGUAGCGCGGCAAGUGUGUUUGGAAUUGUGGUCUUCGGUGGAUUGACACGAUUGACAGAAUCUGGAUUGAGUAUCACCGAAUGGCGACCUGUCACCGGCUCUCUGCCUCCAAUGAAUGCGGAACAUUGGGAGUCUGAGUUUGCUAAAUACCGUGCCUCUCCCGAAUUCCAAUUGCUUAACCCGAACAUGACCCUGUCUGAAUUCAAGUCGAUCUACUACAUGGAAUGGAUCCACCGUCUCUGGGGUCGUUUCGUCGGAAUGUCCUUUGUCCUGCCUGCUGUUUACUUCGUCGCUCGAAAGAAGGUCUCCACGCCCAUGGCGUGGCGUCUCUUUGGUAUCGCCGGUCUCAUUGGUUUCCAGGGUUUCCUGGGAUGGUGGAUGGUCAAGUCUGGGUUGAAGGAUGAUCUCUUCGCCCCUGGCAGUCACCCCCGCGUGAGCCAGUAUCGUCUGACUGCCCAUCUAGGUGCUGCGUUCACUUGCUACGUUGCUAUGUUGUGGAACGGUCUGGCCAUCCUGCGCUCUCACCGGUUGAUGGCUGAUGCUGCUGCUGGUAUGGAGCAGCUGAACGCUCUCCGCGAUCCCAAGCUGGCUCUGUUCCGCCGCUCGGUUGCUGGAAUCGCUCUGCUGGUUUUCACCACCGUCAUCUCUGGCGGUCUCGUUGCAGGCCUUGAUGCUGGUCUUAUCUACAACGAGUUCCCAUUCAUGGGUAACGGCCUUGCGCCCCCCAGCUCGGAACUGUUCGACGCCCGCUAUUCUCGUCACGAAGACCGCUCCGACCUCUGGUGGCGCAACAUGCUGGAGAACCCUUCGAUGGUUCAGCUUGACCACCGUAUCCUGGCUACCACCACUUUCACCGUCAUUUGCGCCUUGAUGGCUUACACUCGUGGCUCCCCCGCCAUGAAGCGUUUCCUGCCAGCACCCGCUCGAAAGGGUGUGCACGGCGUGUUCGCCUUUGCUUGCUGCCAGGUUGCUCUUGGAAUUUCCACUCUCCUCUACCUUGUCCCCACCCCUCUUGCUUCCGCCCACCAGGCCGGUAGCUUGUUCCUCCUGACCUGGGUCAUGAUCUUGGGUAGCCGGGUAUGGCACCCAACCCGCACUGCCAAGCUCCUGCAGAUGGCUCUAAAGGCUCGGUCUCAGUACCCUGCCAGCGCGGCUACUUCUGCCGUGAAGCGGGUAUAA